CGGAGAGCGGAAGGCGCACAACGCCCGCUUUACAGACUAGGAAGUCUGGCCUCAGAGAGGUACGUGACUUUGGAGGCUGGACGAAGAAAGGCCAAAGCCGGAAGAGCCCAAAGCGGCGGCCACGAGAACCCAGAGCCCCCCCAAAGACCUCGCAAGCUUUGUGGGGGUGCGGGUGCGGGAGUGGAGGCGGACCGGCUGGGGCGUAGCCUUAUGGCGCGACGUCACGUUCCCCUGUCUGGCGACCCAUUGGCUCUCCCAUUACCGUCCUUUUCCGGGACAGGAAAACGGGUCAUAGACGGAAAAGAGGUUCAAGGCAGCGGCGGCGUCUGAAGCAGAGCGACCUGAUCCCUUUGCAGCCAGUCAGCUUCUCGAUUCAGGCUCCGGCCUGAAUUGGAGAAGUCCUCCAGAAUCCCGGCCUGUGGAAGGGCGCCGAAUCGGAUCGCGAAGUAUCCGACGUAGACCGAAAUUUAAGAGCUCCUGAGCGCCACCGGAAGCCACGCCCCCAGGCGGGUCGGAAAGCCUCGCCGUGGGGGAGGAAACCUAAAGAGAUUGCCCCCGGGGCGGAGCCCGCCAGCCAUGGCUACGUCCCCGGGGGCUGGUCCCGCCGCUCUGCGCUUUGUAGCCGCUGCCAGCUGGCAAGCCGUGCGUGGGCGCUGCGUGGAGCAUUUUCCGCGGGUGUUGGAGUUUCUGCGAUUCCUGCGAGCUGCUGCUCCUGGCUUGGUUCGCUACCGCCACCAUGAACGCCUGUGUAUGGGCCUAAAGGCCAAGGUGGUGGUGGAGCUGAUCCUGCAGGGCCGGUCUUGGGCCCAGGUUCUGAAUGCCCUGCAUCACCACUUUCCAGUGUCUGCACCUGUAGUGUGGGACCCCAAAGCUACAAAGCAGGAUAUGAAAAAGAUCUCAGAGGCACAAGAAACUUUUUGCCAACAGGUGAAGCAUCUGGCAGAGGCCCCUGUGAACUUGGCUUCCAAGCUGCAGGAACUUGAACAAGAGUAUGGAGAACCCUUUCUGGCUGCCAUGGAGAAGUUGUUUUUUGAAUACAUGUGUCAGCUGGAAAAAGCACUGCCUACACUGCAGGCACAGCAGCUUCAGGAUGUGCUGAGUUGGAUGCAGCCAGGAGUUUCCAUUACUACUACUUUUGCCUUGAGCCAAUAUGUUGUGGACAUGGGGUGGCCACUUGCAGAGUGCUCUAUUAAUGAUUCAGUGAACAUGACAGAGCCCAUGGAGCAGAGUCUUCCUCAGCAACCAAGUCUAGCACUCAAUGAUCCUCUGCCAAGAGCCAGGCCUGGCCAUUACCUUCAUCAAGGUCCAGCCUCAAGGAAGCACCCAGAACCUGUGGCUGGCCACCAUUUCAAUUUGGCUCCUCUAGGCCGGCGAAGAAUCCGGUCCCAUUGGGCAACCACUAGGGGAGGCCAUAAGGAGCGCCCCACAGUCAUGCUGUUUCCCUUUAGGAAUCUGGGUUCACAAAUGCAGGUCAUAUCUAAGCCUGAGAACAGGGAAGAACACAUGGCAGAUCCAGCAGGCGCUAUGGGCACAAGAGAAGCCUACACUGGAAAGUCUAAGAGUCCCUCCCAGACCCUAGGGGGUAGGGCUCUGAAGGAGAACCCAGUUGACUUGUCUGCCUCAGAGCAGGAGAAUUGCUUGGAUUGCCCCAUGGAUCCCCUGAUACUGUCAUUAUCGCCUCCGAUGAGCAGGAAGCCAGUGUCUCCUCCGUCUCAGUCCAGCUCUGUCAUUACCAUAGGGGACUUUGUUUUGGACUCUGAUGAGGAAGAAAAUAGCCAGAGGGAAGGAAGGGUGAGUAGGAAGGAACACAAAGUUGGGGAGGGGCAUGGGCAGAACAUGAUGGAAAAACCCACAUGCUCCAGCAUGUGCAGGGCUCAGAAUGUUUCAGAUGAUGAUAGCAUCUCCCUGCUCCUUCUCUGCAGGGAUCUCUGGGAAACUAUCAGAAGACAAAAUCUGAUACCCUGAUCCCCACUUUGUAUGAGUACCUCCCUGCUUCUGGCCCCAGUGACGUGGGUUCCUUCCCAUGACCAUAUAGACAGCUCUAGAUUCCUGUGAUAGGAUUGGAAUGCCCUUUGCACUCCGCCUGUCUCCUUUGUCAGCUCUACACACAGUUUAGAGGGAAUAAAGUGAAGCCCAGGCUUGGGUUGCCUGAUCACAUUGCUAAAAUUACUUUGUAGUGCCUGAUAAUUAAACAUUGGAGUACCUAAAACACUGUCUUGGUGUGAGGAAGGGAAAUUAAAGCUUCUGUAAGGUCGGUGUAAGUCAUUCCUUAGAAACAGAACUGUCCUUUCCAGAGCUGGAAGAAUCCCUUUGCUUUUUUACUUCCCUUACAAAGUGGUGUUCCAGUGUGCCCAGAAGGGUUACCAGCGCUGGCAGCCUGAAAGAGAAAUUUCUUUUUGCUAUUCUGAAAAUGUCUGCAUGUGUCCUGAUGCCAGAAUAUAGUUUGUGAAUUCUCAUGCUGUCAGAUUAUCUGUGUGGUGGCACUAGAGUGCAGAUACCUCAUGGAAAAAGUACUCACUGUCCUUGGUAUUGGGUCAGUGCCAGCUCCACCUCCACUUGCUUGGGAGCAGCACCCAGAUGCCAGCCUUGUGCAGAAAGCCUCCAGUAUCUCUUUAUAGUCAUUUGGAUUUUUCUUUAUUGAGGUAUUUAAAAUAUAUGAACAUUUCUGAGUUUUUUAGAUAUUCAAAGAUUCUGUUCAAUGAAGCUGAUUAACAAAACAUGAUUCUAAAUGCCUUAUUCCAGACCAGGGCUAUAUUAAGUACUUAUGUUACAACCCAGCAUCUUUGCCUUUUAAUAAUCUUCAGGAUGCUGGGUGCCCAGAUCCCUAUUUAUCUCAUUUUCCCAUGAGUGCCCUGGACAUUGUGUGUAUGCAAAUAGAGAAGUACAGAAUUACUACAGGAGCCUUCAAGAGUGAGAUGACAGGAAAUGACCAAGUCAUCAGUAGCCACAGUAGCUAGGAUGGGUGAAGAGCCCACUUGGGUGGGGUGCUGGUGCCUUAGGAGGGCAGAACUGCUCAGAUCUAGCUCUCUUCACUGAAGAUUGGAUUCACCUGCUGAGUGACCCGGAUGAAGGUAGUUCUCCUGCUCAACUCCUUCAGUUUAGCUGCUCCCACGUAGGUACAUGUGGAGCGGAUGCCUCCAAGGAUGUCUCGGAUGGUAUGUUCCACAUCCCCUUUGAAGGGCACCUCCACUAUCUUUCCCUCUGAGGCCCUUAGAGAAGUAAAAAACUUUCUUACCUUUUCUUUCAGAAUUCCUUAAGCCCAGUGACUUAUCUCCAGUCUAGCAUUUAGCCCUGGUUCACCACUUUUCUCAUAACCAUCCAUCUCCCAAUGAGUCCCAAUGAGUAAGCCACCACCCUACUUAGUCACACUUUCCAAGAACUGCCAGCUCCUGGGCUUCAACACAUACCUAUACUCAGCCACGCCUCCAGCAUACUUCUUCAUGGCCAUUUCAGAACUCAUUCCAUAGAAGAGCUUGUACCUCUUGCCAUUCCUCUCAAUGAGCUCACCACCUGACUCAGUGUGCCCAGCCAGCAUGCCACCCAGCAUCACAAAGUCGGCCCCUGCCCCUGCCAGCAUCAACGAUGGGGGAAAGAGAUGAGUCUGGCUCAGGUGCCCACUCGCCCACCCUGAGAAGCAACUCAUGCCAAAUUCUCAGUCCUAACCAACAUAUUCCUGGGUUUGCUUCAGCUGGCCUACAACCAACACAGGCUGCUCUGCCCUGGCCUCUCAGGGGGCCUGCUUUCCCCAAGAAUUUUUUAAAAGCCUCUGCAGAUUCCCUGGCUCGCUUCUGCUCUUUUUUGCUGCUCUUGCCAUCUUCCAGUCAUUCCUUUUUACUGUGUCCAACUAAACACACUUCAAGUUUCCCAAGAGCAAAGGUCUCCAACUUCAGUGUGAGCAAGGAUCACCUAGGAAGCUGUGAAAAAUGCAGAUUUUCAGCCCCAUCCCCUAGAAUCUGAUUUUGUAGGUCUGGGUAGGGCUCAGGCAUCCACACUGUCCAGCAGUCCAGGGGAUCAUGCAGAUGGUGCUGCCUCACACUUGGAGGGUCUCUAUCAGUCUCAGGAUUUCCCCUGGUGGCUUGCCCUAGGUGAAACCACAGGCUUCAGGGUCACUAGUUCAUAUUAUAAAAGAAAUCUGAAUGGCUUUCUCAGCCUUUUCCUAGACCCUCAGAGAUAACUCAUCCUCUUCUACAGGAUCCUCCUCCCAUACCCUCCCCAACAGCCUUACCAAAAGCCUUGGCCACAUCCCCAGGACAGCUGCAGCCUCCAUCCUGCAAAGUACGAAGCACAGUGAAGAGAUGGCCUAGAUUUCCCAAGCUCUCUGAGUGAUGUCCCAUUGACCCACCUCAAAGAUGACAUGGACCUGGGAGUCCUGAUCCACCUCUACCAGAGCCUCCAUACCUAGCAGAAAACCUAGAUGUUUGGCAGCCUCAUACCCUACCCAGCUCCAGCCUUACUGAAAUGAUGUGGCCUUUGAGGCCAUGAGCAGCAUCUGCGCAUUCCAGCACUGCACUGAGCUGUGGGUAGCCCACUCCAGUUUUCUUCCGGGUGGUACACACAGAGCCUGAGGAGAGCGUGACAAGGAUGAGAGUGAAGUGCUCCACAGGUGUCUGCCACCAAAGGGGGAGCCAGUGGCACCCAAGGAACCAGCUUACCAGGUCCAAUUCCUACUUUGAUGAUGUCAGCCCCAGAGAGGAUCAGCUCUUCCACCAUCUCUCCUGUUACCACAUUCCCUGCCUGAGACAGCAAUUAAAACAGAGCAUUCUUAGGAUUGCAAAGAGAGAGGAGGUUGGGUGUUCUCAUAUAGCACACCUGGACUGUUACCUGCCAACAUUAGUAUAAAGAAGUGGACUUGGAUUCCCUCUCCUGGGUUCCCUAGAGUGUCUAGACUAGCCACUUCAAAGAACCCUGCUUCCCAAGAUGAGGUAAGGGGGUGAGUGGCCAGUGUCACCGCUGUACUAGGGUGAAGCUGGGGUCCAUGUGGACCAAGGUCAAAUCUGAUUUACAAUAGAUUUAUCUCCCUCUCCCUGCCAGGAGACCCAAACAUAUCCUGUCCUUAAGCUGUUAUACCAUAUAUCCUCUCUGGCUUCAGGGCAAAGGGGAAGACAUGGUAAUGUCAGCUGAAUACCCAUAUGCACACCUGAAUUUGCUUUUGAUGGACAGUAGAGAGAGACCCCCUCAAUGCUGGAGAGAAAAUGAGGCCUCGUCAUCACUUCCCUAAGCUUGUAAAAAAAAUAAAACUUUUUUUUUUUGUGCAGCCCUUUAA